GUGUGUGUUUUAAAGGUCUAUACCACUGCAUCCUGAUCCAAGAGGAUCUGGUGGGGCUGCCCCUUUGAGCAUGAGGACCACACUAUACAACAAACCUCUGAACUUCCAUCUGCCCAUGUGGAGCAUGAACUUGUGCGCGGCCCGUUGGGGGGGUGAGAUAUAAAAAUAACAGUCUAGUCCACAGUAUCUAUCACAGCCCCGUGCUCCAGGCGCAGUGGUAUGUCCGGCCGGGAGAGCGACGGGUUAAUUUAAGACUAGGAGGGAAACCUGUUGCCAAUUAGGACCAGUGCGCGCCACAUGUGGGCUCGACGCAGCUAUCUCCAGGAGAAGGGGCAACCGCGGCGCGCGCGAAGGAGACGAGCUGGACGUCUGUGGGAUUACUUCUUCAAGUUCAACUGGCACAUACUUGUCCGUCAAUUAGCAGUUUGCUUUAGUCUUUUUUUUCGAAUCUCACUGAGAUGACCGAGCGAGGUCUACACGACUGAUGCGCAACAGGGCGACCAUUCACGCGUGGCUCCAUUUGUUUUACCUUCCAGCAGCGCAACAUGGCGCGCGCCUCGAGGUUUCUUUUCGGAUUCCUCGUCACGUCUAUCCUCGCCACGGGGAGCGUUUCUGAGGUCUGCCGCGGGACGCACUGUUUCCCCGGACGGGACUGGGGCAGGUCGUGCGUCGGAGCGCGCUGCCCGGGGCGCGCGGAGGCUGCGGCGCCCCGACGGCAGUUCCAUCACUCCGCACAGUCCGCGCAAGGACCACAAGUCCACCCGAGCUACCAACGCGAUGCCCAGUUCAGCCUCCACCAAGCUCAGAGCGCGCCGCUGGCGCCGUACAUCAUCCAGCCUCAGCAGGGCGGCUUUGCGCAGCAGACGGGCGCGGAUGGCACUAGGAGGACGAAUCCGAGGACCAUCACGGCGGAGGUGUUCCAUCCUGGCUGCGUCGGCGGGACGUGCCCGACCACCGUCGCCCAUCGCCAGACGAAUGAUGACGGCGCGACGCGGGAGUGCAAAGGGAUUGGAUGUAAACUGCCCCUCCGGAUGCGCCAGAUGCCCAAGCCGUGCGCUGGAGACGGCUGCGCUCCGCACGGAGGAGAUGACGGGAGAGGGAACCCGUCUCCGGUUCACGUGACGGACAGAGCAGCCCAGUAUUUGGACGAGCUGCCGGACCUUGGGUCGGAGCGUGGAGCAUGGAUACAGUUGACGUGCGACAUGAAACCAGGGAACAACGAGCUUCCCUCGGAAGACGCCCUUGUGCUGCAGCUGCAGCUGUCCAAGAGUCAGGAGAAGCUGGUCGAGGCUCUCAGGGGCCAGCAGGACGAGGUCAAGGAGCUGCAGAGGCUCCUGGGCGAGCAGCAGGGGACGCUGGUCAACCAGCAGAGAGAAAUCCUGGACCAGCAGAGGAGGAUGUACGACCAGAUGGAACAAGUGAAAGCCCAGUACAACAUAUUGAUGGACAGCAUCAAACAGACGUCGUUCCAGAGCCUGCAGGGGGACCUCGACACUCACGCGGAAACCUUGAGUGGGCAGGUUCGAUCCCACCAAGCACAGCAGGCGCUAUCUCUGCACAAGGUGGACAUGGACGCCAGCGUGAUGGAGGUGGGCCGCUCCCCGUUGGCCUGCGUCAGCUGUGGACCCGAGGAGUACUGCGGCUUCAGCAGCGGGCGCCCUCGCUGCGAGCGGUGCACCGUCUGUCCCGCUGGCUUCUUCCUGGUGGCCCAGUGUUCCGUCCACGCAGACAGAAUCUGCCAGGACAGAGAUGAGUGCCUUGAAAUAGCCGAUCUGUGUGGAGAUGUACAGAAGUGUCUCAACACACCAGGUGGAUUCAGGUGCCAUGGCAUGACAGAGCGAGACGCCAACUCCGGAAUGUGCAGCCACGGCUACUUCUUCAACUCGGACAUGGACGAAUGUCAGGCCUGUAACGAGUGCGACGGAGAACCCGUAGCUUCACCUUGUACCUUCGCCACGGACACCGUCUGCUCCGGCCCCGGCGCUGCUGAGAGCGCCCUCUCUCUGUCCUGGGCCGGAGACGUGAGCCUACAGGGGCAGAAGGGCAACAUCGUGGAUCACGUGCAGCUCCACAUCGAAGGAAGAGGCGACGCAAGUCUGGUGUCCGCCGAGGACGGGCGUCUGGUGCUCAGGCAGCACGGUCUGGUCUGGCUGGACGACAAUCUCUCGGUGAGCCACGGUUGCCGCAGCUUCAUUCAGGUAUGCCUGCGUAUGAAUAACACCGAUGGCUCAGAGGGUCAGGACCUCAGUGGCGUUAGGGUGGAGCAGCGGGAGACGAGGUCGCUCCAGAGCGUCACCAUCAGCGGGGUGGCAGAGGUCGCCCCGGGUCACGUGAUCUCCCUCUCCGUCCGGAGUGCCAGCAACAGCUGCAACCAAAGCAGAGAGGGUGUGCAGCUCUACGACCCCUCAGCAGCUCCGCUCAGCCUCCUGUGGCUCUCCCACGACACCGGGGCCGUUGCCAUGACAGCACAGGCGAUGGUGUCCGCACACUACCACACAAACUACCGUCCAGUCUUCCGCACCACUUCCACCUCGGACGCCUAUGUGGUGGGGCUGACUCAUGACGGCCGCGGGAUCCGUUUUGCUGAAAGCGGCACAGUGCGCUUUGUAUUUCAGCAGGCUGUCUACUCCAUGGGCCAGGCCUGUGUGACUGAAGGCUUCCAGCUGUUGGCGUACCUCAGCCGUAACGGAACGGGCAUGGAGCUGAGCCGUACCUUCAAAACGGGCGUACACUACCGGGACACAUCCGUAUCCCUGUCCGGAGCGGCCAAGGUCGGCCCCGGCGACACGCUGGGCUUUGAGAUCCUCUCUCCCGCUCAGUGCAACGUUCGUUUCUUCGGCGACGAGACGGGCAUCAGCACCCUCAGCUUGGUUUGGGUCCCCGCUGCCAUUUCUUCCUCUCUGUCUGCCUCCGUGGCUCACACCGGCCUUCCUUCGGGAGCCGUCCGGAACAAGCCGCUCUUCUUCCGCCAGACCAGCGCUCAGGUGUCCCAGAUGGGGCUGCUCGGGAAGGGCUCUGCGGAACACAGACGGGAUUUUGUCUUCAGGGAGAGGGGCACGGCCAGUGUGGCCCUGGAUCUCAAACUCAUUCACUCCUGCAACCUGGUCAAGGUGACUCUGCUCAGGCGAAGUGCUCCUGAGGAGGCGGGAGGAGGAGGAGGCAGGGAGGCAGAGGCAGCGCGGCCCUUCCCUCUGGCCCAGCAGGUGGAUGGUCAGAUGCCGGAGGGAAGCCAGUGGGCCAGUGUGAGCCUGCGGGCGUCCUUCCAGGUUCACAACGGCACAGCGGUGUUCUUCACACUCGACUGUGUACGCGGACGGGUCAACCAGAUCAGCCACCAGACCGGAAGUGGAGUAUCAGUCCUCUGGGUGGCAGCAUGAUGAAAUAAAUAUGAAAAACCUUUUUUAUGUUCAUAUGAUUUCCAGUUCAGCAGACACACAUGUUAAGCCAUUUAUACGAUUGGACUACUUCCAUUUGCUUGUUUUAAAGUAAUCUUUUGAUAUUUUAGAAAAUACUAUUAUUUUGAUUUCUGUUCUAGGAGUAAGAAAUCUUACUUCUGUCAGUUAUACAUAAGCUAAGCGACUGUAACUGCUUCCCGAAUGGACAGUUAUGUAAGAGCAAUUUCAUCUAACUCUCUAAAAAUGUACUUAAUAGCAUUUCCAAAAACGUUUAUACCGUUCCUUUAAGCUGUUUGAUUUUUGUAGUGGGUAGAGUGCAGCAAAUGUUGCUUUUUCUAAAAAUUUGUUUUAAAAAAAACCAAACCCUAUGAACUUUUAUUUAAAAGAAACAGUAGCAUUGGGCACAAAUCAUUGUAUUUAUAUAAUGUGAGCUUUAGUACUGUGGGAUGAUUUCUACAGAGUUAUAAAUAAUGGUUCGGAGCAACAUGUAUGCAGGACACAUUUUUGAUUCGUCUCGUGCAGUUUUCAGAUUUUUUUCCCCCAUGUUCAGGAAUUCCACGUGUUGUGUGUGUCUGUCUCUUAUUUAUGUAAUUCAGUUCAGCCUGUUGACGCCAGAAGGACCGUCAGAUCCUUCCCACUGUGACUACGGCAUUGUCUGCUGUCACCAAGAGUGGUUCUCUGGUGCUGGUUUCAGUCAGGAGUGCUUUUUAAGUGCAUGUGUUUCGUGUUAGCCGCCAUUUUCCUGAUGUGAAUAUCUACUGCAUGCCUUGUUUAAUGACCUCUUUCUGCAUAUUAUGGACUUGAAAGAGAGUCGUGUGUUCCACUGAGGCCAUUGCGUACAUUUAACUGUCCCCGGAGAGACAGCAUGAUAUUUGAACUAUUAACACGUUAGGAUGUAGUUACUGUUUACUCAAAAAUAAAAGUGUAUAUUUGAUAUUUUAGAGUAAAAUACAAUAAAAAUGCAUUUGUUUUAUCAGA